UGACGCUGGAAAUAGCGCCACUUGUCGUCAACAUGCACACGCCCGUGGUGUUUUACAUGCGCCCGCUUCUAUGGGACGACCUCCGUCGACGCGUGAACCAGGCCGAGAUUCACGAACUGCAUCAAGUGCUAGGGCAUCACUUGAUCGACGACAACGAGGCACUACACGCCGAGCUCAAGGCUUUUGUGGACAUUCUGGACGACUACCAGAAGGAGAACGAUCGCAUCAGGGACGCCGUCUUAAGCCGCCCGGCGCUACCAGAACCCCCGAGUCGGAUGCUCCUCUUGGACCAGCUCAAACUAUUGGCGUCCAAUUUACACGAGCGGCAGCUAGCGACCCCCCAAGAUCGAGCGCUAUUGGGCUACGUCCUGUCGGCGACACCCGACUCGGAUGUCCAAAACAACGGCGGCAACCUCACCCCUCGAUUGAAGGACUGUGCGAGUUUUAGUUCUUUUAACGGGAAUGGGGUGAUUCUGAGACCCGGUACGGCGGAUGGCAGUCGUCGUCGGUCGGGCACAUCAUCUCGACCGCCGUCGUCCCGAGGGCUGUCGUCGCGGGGCUCCGUGUCGUCCACGGCGUCGGCGCCGGCCAUGCUCGAGGACUUGGGAUGCGUGAGCAUUCGCCAAAUCGAUUCAAUGAAAGCGAGGUUGCGGGAGGCGUUGCUGGACGAGAAGCAGCAACUUCUAGACGACAUCGAGUUCAUUCAGGUGUGUAGAAGGGCCAUGGCAAGAAGCUGAUUGGGGGCGCAUUGUAGGGAUGUGUGGACAUGGAGCAGGAUUUGAUUGAAGAAGACACGAAGAAGGUGAACGUGCUCGUGCCACCUCUGAAAGACUUGCAGGAAUUUCGGCGAACGUUGGAGCAAGUGUGCCUUGACAAGGUUGCUGUGAGAGUAUAUCAAUCGAUGCUGAAUACUGACCACGAAGCGCCCAUGCAGGAUAAGUAUGACCACGUGCAGGAGCGAAUAACAAAAGCAGAAGAAAUGGUAGCGGCCCAGCAGCGUCGAAAAAGCAUUAGCAUCGAUCCACUGGAUGUUCGGAGCGCGUACUCCCCAACGCCACCUAGACGAAGCAGCACCAAGGCGCACAAGGUCCGCGAGCUAGUGCAGUCUGCACGAGAUGAACAUUUCUUCACAUGACGUUUUGACGGUUUCGCAAUGACCAGCACUCUUGAUCCCUGCCCUUGGAUUGGUUGAAUACCUAGAAUAUAUCCAAUCAUACACCAAGCAUUUGUAAAAAGCAACCAAUUUAAGCCAAUUGUAUUUGCAUACAC